UGAUCGGGGCGCGGAUUCCCGAGAGGGAAAGUCAUAACAACCGCACGAGGGAGUUCGACUGGCGAGCUGGAAGGCCACGCCUCCUCCCGCCUCCCCCCACAGCCCUGCAGCUGGGGGCAGAGUUCAGACUGUCUUCUGAAGAUUGAUGUCUAUUUCCUUGAGCUCUUUAAUUUUGUUGCCAAUUUGGAUAAGCAUGGCACAAAUCCAGCAGGGAGGUCCAGAUGAAAAAGAAAAGACAACAGCACUCAAAGAUUUAUUAUCUAGGAUAGAUUUGGAUGAACUAAUGAAAAAAGAUGAACCACCUCUUGAUUUUCCUGAUACACUGGAAGGAUUUGAAUAUGCUUUUAAUGAAAAGGGGCAGUUAAGACACAUAAAAACUGGGGAGCCGUUUGUUUUUAACUACCGGGAAGACUUGCACAGAUGGAACCAGAAAAGAUAUGAAGCACUAGGAGAGAUCAUCACGAAGUACGUAUAUGAGCUUCUGGAAAAGGAUUGUAAUUUGAAAAAAAUAUCUAUUCCAGUAGAUGCCACUGAAAGUGAACCAAAGAGUUUUAUCUUUAUGAGUGAGGAUGCUUUGACAAAUCCACAGAAACUGAUGGUUUUAAUUCAUGGUAGUGGUGUUGUCAGGGCAGGUCAGUGGGCUAGAAGGCUUAUUAUAAAUGAAGAUCUGGACAGUGGCACACAGAUCCCUUUUAUUAAGAGAGCUAUGGAUGAAGGAUAUGGAGUAAUAGUACUGAAUCCCAAUGAAAACUAUAUUGAAGUUGAAAAGCCGAAGAUACCUGUCCAAUCAUCUUCUGAUAGUUCAGAUGAACCAGCAGAAAAACGCGAAAGAAAAGAUAAAGUCUCUAAAGAAACAAAGAAGCGACGUGAUUUCUAUGAGAAGUAUCGUAACCCCCAAAGAGAAAAAGAAAUGAUGCAGUUAUAUAUCAGAGAAAAUGGCUCUCCUGAAGAACAUGCAGUCUAUGUGUGGGACCAUUUCAUAGCCCAGUCUGCAGCUGAGAAGGUAUUUUUUGUUGCUCACAGCUAUGGAGGACUUGCUUUUGUUGAACUGAUGAUUCAGCGAGAAGCAGAUGUGAAAAGUAAGGUGACUGCCGUGGCGUUGACAGACUCUGUUCACAAUGUGUGGCAUCAAGAAGCUGGCAAAACGAUUCGAGAAUGGAUGAGAGAGAACUGUUGUAAUUGGGUCUCUAGCUCAGAACCAUUAGACACAUCAGUGGAGUCCAUGCUGCCUGACUGUCCCCGAGUCUCAGCAGGCACCGACCGCCACGAGCUCACUUCCUGGAAGAGCUUGCCGUCUAUUUUCAAAUUCUUCACCGAAGCCUCCGAGGCCAAGAGCAGCUCCCCCAAGCCGGCUCUGACGCGGCGCUCGCACCGAAUAAAGCACGAAGAGCUGUAAGAGGAGAGCGAGAGCGAGGACGCGGAGGGGGGCGGGGGGGCGGGGGGGCGAGGAAGCGCCCCCGGAGCCGGCGCCCCCCGCCUCACCCCUCCACACACAGACCGACACACACCCCCCCGCCGGGCCGGGCGAGCCGACCCCAGCCCCUCAUUAGAUUGUUUUCCCCCUCGGGCCACAGGGCCGUGAUAUAUAUAUGGAGACACAGCUAAACGGCGUUCGGCAUUAUUUCUA